AUGGCAUCGAAAGUGUUACAGACCAAUUACGAUGUUGACUAUGUCAUUAUCUAUCGAGUGCCAAAAGUAGAUAAGGCGGCUGCAACAGCUCAAUUCCAAAAGCUCAUCCGUACCCUCACCGAAACUGGGCUGACCACCGAGGUCCGCCGAGGCGACGAAACAUCCCUCCUCGUCUUUGUGAGGAUUUCUGACGAGAAGAUCUUUUCGAAUGUCGUGUACAGGUCACGGAUUAAAGACUGGCUCUACGGCAUCCGCCAGAUCCAGCCGAGCGGUGACCCUGGUCAGACUCUCAGUUCCGAGCCCCUGACUGAUGCUGAACGACACCGACACGUGCAUCAUAUGAUAUGUUUUCCCCGCGAAGAAGGAGGAGCUGGAAUCACACCCAAACAUGGUGAAUGGGACAACGUCGAGGCUGUCUUUCCCUUGCAUGAUCAUGCCCAGAACAAGAAAUGGUUGACAGAAUUCUCCCGCAAGACAUUCCUAAACCCCGAAGACCUCGACGAGAUCAGGAACACCGUGGGCGAAAAGAUUGCAUAUUACUACGCCUUCCUCCAAACCUAUUUCUCUUUCUUGAUCUUCCCCGCAGCAUUCGGGUUUUCCUGCUGGGUGUUGCUGGGCAACUUUUCCGCCAUCUACGCUGUUGUCAAUGGACUGUGGUGUGUAGUAUUUGUUGAAUACUGGAAGCGUCAAGAGCAAGAGUUGGCAAUCCGGUGGGGUGUCAAGCAUGUCUCAGCCAUCCAAGCCAAGAGGAGAGAAUUCGUGCCCGAGAAAAUCACUACCGAUCAUAUCACCGGCGAAAAGGUGGCAUAUUUCCCAGCCAAAAAGCGGCUAUUAAGGCAGCUGCUUCAAAUCCCGCUGGCCUUGCUCUGCGUUAUAGCUCUUGGGACUGUCAUCUGCACAUGCUACGCGAUCGAGAUCUUCCUUUCGGAAGUGUAUGAUGGCCCGCUCAAGUCGGUCCUCGUCUUCACGCCUACCAUCAUUCUUACUCUGGCGGUCCCCGCAAUCAGCAAUUACCUGACCCAGUUUGCUGAAAAGCUCACUUUCUAUGAAAAUUAUGAGACUCACGAGGCACAUGACAGGGCUAUGAUCUCCAAAGUUUUUGUGAUCAACUUCAUCACCUCCUACACAGCAAUCUUCCUGACAUCCUUUGUCUAUGUCCCAUUCGCCUCCCUCCUAGUACCAUACCUCGACAUUUUCAGCUUGACGGUCAAGCCGUUUGCGGAGAACGAGAAACAACUGCAGACGCCCUCUGCCGCCUCUUUCACUAUCGACCCCAAUCGAUUGCGAAACCAGAUGAUCUAUUUUGCGGUGACUGCACAGAUCGUCAACUUUGCCAUGGAGACGGUGCUACCUAUCGUUACGCAGAAAGGGACUAAGAAAUACAAGGAGAUGCAGUCCUCUCGAGCCGAAAAAAAUGGUGGUGCAGCUCCAUCUGUGUCGGCAAACGAUCCGCCGGAGGAAAAGGAGUUCCUCACGCGAGUCCGCGAAGAAGCUGCUCUACCCGACUACGAUGUCACCUCUGAUCUCCGGGAAAUGUGUAUACAGUUCGGCUAUUUGUCGUUAUUCUCGGUGAUCUGGCCUCUCACGCCCGUGUCGUACUUCUUCAACAAUUGGGUCGAGCUGCGCGGCGAUACCUUCAAACUCACCGUCGAGUGUCGACGGCCCACUCCUACUCGAGCUGAUAGUAUUGGCCCGUGGCUUGACAGCCUGGAGUUUCUCGCAUGGCUCGGCAGCAUUACGACUGCCGCACUCGUGUACAUGUUCAGCGGAGGCAACGGACCAGAUGGCAAGCCGCACACUAUCAAACUCGCGGCCCUACUUCUGAGUGUCUUUCUCAGUGAGCAUAUUUUCCUUGUCGUUCGGCUCCUUGUGCGCUCGGCGAUCGGUAAGCUCGAUAGUGCGGCGAUGCGAAAGGAGCGUAGUGAGCGAUUCAUGGUCCGCAAGAAGUUCCUCGAAGAAGCCGGCCUGGCAGAUGUUAUCAAGCCUAUCACCACGGGCCCCAACAGCCCACUACAGGACGAGUCCGGGGCCCAGGCGUUUACGGAGAUUACUCGGGAGACUCUGGAAGAUGAUGCGCGACGGGAUAGUCUGUCGUCUUCCAACCCCACAGAUCGAUUCUGGAAACGUCAGCACAACUGGGCUGAAACGGAAAAGGUCGGGGUUGGACUGAUUGAUCUGAUGGAUCUAGGUUCUUCCACGACUAAAAAGAAGCAGUGA